CGUGGGAGAAAAUUAUGGCAAUCACAGUCCAUUUCCUGUGGGUGUAGUGACAAAAGCAGCAUGGAAGCUGAGUAUCCCCAGAACUUCACAGUCCAUGGAAAUGCCUCAAAUGUCCAGGCUAUCACACACAGUCUUUGGGAAGUCAUAUCCAUAGCAACAAUGUCAGCCAUAGUGAGUCUGAUAACAAUAAUUGGAAACAUUCUUGUCAUGCUAUCUUUCAAAGUCAACAGUCAACUAAAGACAGUGAACAAUUAUUACUUACUGAGCUUGGCUUUUGCAGACCUCAUUAUUGGCAUCUUCUCCAUGAAUUUAUACACAUCUUACAUACUGAUGGGAUACUGGGCUCUGGGAAGCUUGGCAUGUGACCUCUGGUUAUCUCUGGAUUAUGUGGCCAGCAAUGCAUCUGUAAUGAAUUUGCUGGUCAUCAGUUUUGACAGGUAUUUCUCUAUUACCCGGCCACUGACGUACAGGGCAAAGCGGACACCAAGACGGGCUGGGUUCAUGAUUGGCCUGGCGUGGUUAGUAUCUCUAGUCCUGUGGGCCCCUCCCAUUUUAUGCUGGCAGUAUUUUGUUGGCAAAAGAACUGUCCCCCUCCGACAGUGCCAGAUUCAAUUCUUCUCAGAGCCAGUGAUCACAUUUGGCACAGCCAUUGCUGCUUUCUACAUCCCCAUUUCCAUCAUGAUAAUCCUGUACUGCCGGAUCUACAGAGAGACAGAGAAGCGCACAAAGGACCUGGUGGAGCUCCAGGGGCAUGCUCCCUCAGCACAUCUAGGCCCCACAAAGCCACAGAAAAUCAUCAUUGGAUCCUGCUUCAGCUGCAAGCGGUCAUCCAGCACCAGCUGUGAGCGGAAACAGACCUCCUGGUCCUCCUCAAACCCCGGCAUGGUUUCCAUAUCCACAACAGCGUCCACCCAAGAGUGGCUCAGAGCUGAGCAGAUGGCCACCUUCAACAGCUAUGUAUCCUUAGAGGAUGAUGAGCGCCGGUCAUCUUCUGGAACCUUACAGGCAGGUCAGAUGAACCCAGCCUGCGAGCAGGAUGAGAGUCAUGAGCUGGCUAGCCUCAAUGAAGGCCUCUACAUUGCCUCCCAUCCCAAGUGUGGCUUACAAAAAAACAAGAGGGGUAUCUCCUACAAGUUCAGGCUGGUCCCAAAGGACGAGAGCCCCCGACCAGGCAGAAACAGGGAGGCCAAAACGAUGCCCUCAUCUUGCUCCUCAGCAGAGUCCCUGGGUCACCCCUCCACCUCCUCCUCUUCUUCCCGAAUAUCUGGCCCCAUACUGAAGAGCCAAAACAGCAAGAGGAAGAGGAUGGUCCUCAUCAAGGAGAAGAAGGCAGCGCAGACUCUGAGCGCCAUCCUCCUGGCCUUCAUACUCACGUGGACUCCCUAUAACAUCAUGGUGCUCGUCUCCACUUUCUGCUCCGACUGUGUCCCGCUCUCACUCUGGCACCUGGGCUACUGGCUCUGCUAUGUCAACAGUACAGUCAACCCCAUGUGCUACGCCCUCUGCAACAAGACCUUCCGGAAGACCUUCCGCACGCUGCUACUGUGCCAGUGGAAGAGGAGGAGGGACGAGGAGAGGCUGUACUGGGGUGGCCAGAGUGUGGUGAUGGGCAGUAAAGUGACAUGAGAUGUCUGCUUAUCCAAUGUCCUGUCUCCUCUCAUGUAUCCUCUGUCAAAACACCUUGACAGUUGUAUCUGUACUUUGGGUUGGCAUUAUGCGCAUGUCACUGUAAUGGUACUGAAAGGGAAAGCAAAGAGGACCAGCCCACACCAGCAAAUGCACACAUGCUGCCUUUCUGAAGGCUGAGACUUUUCCGCAGUGACACCACACAGGAGGAGUACCGCAUGAUUUGGUGUGGAACCAGUUUUUUGCCAUUUUUAAAUGAUUUAAAUUGGGGAAAUGAGAAAAGCAGGAAAUCACCAUUUUCACAGAAUGACCUGCAUACGUUUCAUAAUCCUCAGGUACCUACACACAACAAGCAUAUCUCAAGUUUCAUGUUAAAUACUAUUUCCAUCUGAAAAAUGUACUGUAAUCAAAGAUUACAUCAGUGUUACUGCUUGUAAUAUUCAUUUCUGGUUAUUUAACUUUAAUAGACUGUUAUAUUUUAUUAAUAUUAUUGGUAAUGCAUGAAUAGUGCUUAGGGCAUUGUGAAACACUGCAGUUAAUGUACUAUUACUAUUUGUUCCCUGACAAUGCUGUCUAUACUUAGGUAACUGUGUCUUACACCACACAAUGAAAAGACCCAUAUCCUGUACAUAUGUUUUACAUAUUGCUUAUUGUAAAUAGAUGUGUUUCUCCUUUGUAAAACCUAUUUGUUCUGUGCCUAAACUUUGUUCUCCUUUGACCUGAGAUCUGUUAUCUCAAAAUUCAACACAUUAACUUUCACAUUUCAAUAUUUCUGUUGUUCAGUUACAUGUGCCUCUUUUCUGCAUAAUGUUGAAUAUGCUUUAUUUUCAUGUUCUAUGCUGAGUAACUUGGGAGACCUAUGUGAGUCAACAAUGACAAAAAUACACCAUAAACGUAAAAUUUUUAGUUGUAAGUUUGUGGUGAAUUCAUUAAUUUGAAUGAUUAGUUCUUACCAUAGAAGUCAGCUGAGGUGAAUCAGUCACUACUGACUGCCAUUUCCACCAUGUGAAGUGUUCCUGUAAGGGGUGUAAUGGUUCUCCAAAUGCACAGUUUGGUUCCAACCUUGAUUUCUGGUUUGUGUCUUUUUUUAAGGGAAGGGGAAACAGCAAAACUUGUUGCUUCUCUAAUUUGUUUCAUUCAAUCAAUUAUAAUUUUGAACAUAAAAAACAUUUACUGACCAUAUUUAAAAUCAAUGAAUAUAUCGGUCUCACUCAUAUUUUUUAUUACACAAGAAAAAUAAUUAGUCACUAAAAACUAAGAAUCCUCAUUGCCAAUGAACAGAAAAGGAACGGUGUUAUGUUCAAUUAACAAUUAAGCUUCAAUUAUGCUUGAAGUUACUUACUUUUCACUAAAAAGGAUGUCCAAAAA